AUGCAUGGUCUGUUGCUUGUAGGAAUGGAACAUGAAACGGAUAUUACUCCUGAGGAACCGGCAGUUUACAUCUACAAACUGGUGCUACUGGGAAGCAGUGGUGUGGGAAAAUCCAGCAUAGUUCUCAGAUACUUAAGGGAUGAGUUUCGGGAUACUGACUGCACUACUGGAUGUGCAUUUUUCGCACAAAGAGUUUACCUCCAGGGCCAACCUAUGAACUUUGAGAUUUGGGACACAGCUGGGCAGGAGAGGUAUCGCAGUGUGUGCCACCUGUACUACCGUGGUGCCAGUGCUGCCUUGCUGGUUUAUGAUAUCACUUCCAAGGAAACAUUUAAGAGGGCUCAGCUAUGGCUUCAGGAGCUACGGAAAUAUGUCUUGAGUGAAGAAAUGGUCAUUGCACUUGUUGGAAAUAAGACUGAUCUAAAUUCAGAAAGGAAAGUUUCACAUGAGGAUGCUCAGGCUUUUGCUGAACAGGAAAGACUGCUGUACAUGGAAACCUCAGCAAAGACAGGAGAAGGAGUGUGCCAAGUGUUUGAAGCUGUGGCCAGUCAACUUCUUAUCAUGGACCACCAUAAACUGGGCAAGACACGCAGGAGGGAUACAGAUAUCAUCAUGCAAGGAGCACAGAAAACUGAUGGAAUACACCGAUGCUGCAAUUUCCAGUAGACAAUUAGUCACAGCAAAAAAUGUCCUGUGCAGGUUGUGGUAAUCAGGUUUAAAGGAUAAGUUCACCUUUUGUAACAUUUCACAUGUUAUACCCAU